CAACUCCAAUGUCACAGUGACGUGUACAAUUUUCUACAAAUGACUUAUUGAUUCCAAAACCUUAUGAAUUAAUUUAAUAAAUUGAAAAAAUACAACUUAUUUAAACAUGUCGAAUAAAAACAAAUCUUCAGACGGGAGCAAUAAGCUGAAAGUGGUCGAGUCAGCAUGGAAAAGAGCGUUAGUUGCGAACGCAGAAUGGCCGGAUAAGGAAGAGUUUCUAGACGUUAUUUACUGGAUGCGUCAGGCUAUGGGCAUUGUAUUGGGACUGGUUUGGGGUCUUCUACCAUUGAAAGGAUUCCUUGGUUUAUUACUAUUUGUAAUAGUUAAUGCAGCAGUAAUAUACUUUUAUGUGAAUAAUUUCCAAAACAUUGAUGAAGAGGAGUAUGGUGGUAUGUGGGAAAUAACAAAGGAAGGAUUCAUGACAUCAUUUGCGGGAUUUUUGGUAACAUGGAUCAUCAUCUACACAGGGCUACACAUUGCAGAAACAUUAUGAGACACAAAGUAAUCAUCAAAAGUGCUACAAUAUCUCGAGACUUGCAAGAGAGAGUCCUAGUACAAAUAUUAUGAGAACAAACUGUUCCUUGUAGUUUCUAUACUACUGCAUAAGCUCAUUCCCUUUUAUUACUAAUCAUUUUAUUUAGUCCAUUAAUAAAAACACUGUUUUUUAAACAUUAUUAAACUAACAAUAAGUUUUCUAAUUGAAUUAGAAGUAAGUCAACAAUAUUGUCUAUAGUUUGUAUUAAAAACUGUUUUGUGAGAUGGAAAGAACUGGCCAGCAUUUUUAUCAGUGGACUAGAUAUUAAUUACUUUUGUAAUAAGAAGGGUUUAUUAUUUUUGUUGUUGCUUUUAGGCUAUUAGUUGGAUUGUUUUUACAUAUCAAUUUGUUUCUUACAUUUUUAUAAAAUCUCAGUCAUUAAGGUCUCUUUGUGAGUGAAAACUCAUAAACACAUACUGGUGCAUAACUUUUGUUAGGUCAUUAUUUAAAUAAUUUUGAAAAUAACUUGGUCUGUAAGCAGUCUUCAAGCUAGUGCCAAUAAUUAGAGCUUUUUAAAUUUUAUACUGACCAUGAUAAACAUUUGAAUCAGUUAAAAAAAAUCUAUGUAUUGAUGAAGAAAUGCUAUAUCAAGUUGCAUAAGACUCGAACAUAACAAUAAAAUUCACUGGCAUACCUUAAAAUUAUUAAUUGAUAAUGUGUUAUAGCAAUAUUAAAUUAAGUAUAAGCAUUUUAUAACCAAAUUGGACUCUUUCUCUCUGUUUUAAAUUCAAGAAAAAAUGCAGUAAAUGAAUUUCUGUUCAAACCGGUUCUGUGAAAAAAAUGACCUUAAUUAUAUUGUAACAUUAAAUUGGCCACAAAACCGUAACACACAAACAAAGUACAGAAGGAAAUUGUAUCUGUAAGAAUCAUCAUGAAUCGAAAAAAAGCAUUUUUAGUAUAAAGUAACAGUCAGUUUUGGGUAUCAGAAUGUUUUUAAAAUGAAGGGGUAUAAUAUAAACGGUUUGUCCAGAUAGAUCCGCUGAUAUUUCCCAAUCUUUUUAUUUUUCUCUUUUUUUGAGGUAUUAAAAUCUGUUAGUUUAUCCUAUAUUGUAUCUUAAAAAUCAAUUAACCGCUUUUAACAAUUUUUUUUUUAUUUUAAAUAAAAACUGAAGCAAACAUCUAUCUGGACAAACUGAAUUUUAAAGUUAGUAUUUUAAUUAUUUGGUGUGAUUGUAGAUAAUGCUGUGAAUAUAGAACAUUUUGAAAGUAAAGUUCAAUGUUGGUAUUAUCUCUGGAUGCAUUUCUGUCGUAUUUAUUUAUAUUAUUGUAAGUAAAUCCUUGUUAAGUUUUAAUCGAUAUUCGUCAGAGUGCAAUCAAUAUGGUUAUAAUUUAUUUCGAAACUGCAUUAAUGUUGGCGUCGCGUUUGUAAUGUUAUUUGUCGCGUGUUUGCUCCCGAUGAGUUUGCAGUGAUAUGUUUAUUUUGAACAAAUAUAACGGUUGAUUUAAUAAAGUUUUUGUAACUUUAA